CCUUGACUUUCCGUGUAUUAUCAUCGACGUUAUAGCUUCAUAUCUCUCCAUCACUCCAGAACAAUGGCGUCACGACAUUUAUUUACUGCUAUACUUGGACUUUCACUGUUGGUGACGGUGAGAGGACACGGCCGACUGCUGGUUCCCCCUUCGCGUGCGUCCAUGUGGAGACAAGGCUUCAACACCCCAGCGAACUACAACGACAACCAGCUGUUCUGUGGAGGCUUCUCUAAUCAACAGAGCCAUGGCGGUAAAUGUGGCGUGUGUGGCGAUCCCUGGCAGGGACCACGUGACCACGAGGCAGGAGGAAAAUACGCCACGGGAACAAUAGGCCGAACGUAUUUUCAAGGCCAAAAAGUCACCGUUACCGUGGAGAUAACAGCCAAUCAUCUUGGCUGGUUUGAGUUCCGCCUGUGUCCUGUAAAUGACGUGAAGGUCAGGGCCACACAGGAAUGUCUAGAUAGACAUCCACUGGAGCUGGCAGAUGGGGCGGGAGCGAGAUACAAAAUUGGUUCAGAAAGUAAACAAUAUGACGUUGACGUCAUCCUGCCUUCCAAUGUCACCUGCAGCCAGUGUUUCUUGCAGUGGAGGUACCACACAGGAAACAGCUGGGGUACUGACCCUGACGGCACAGCAUGUACUGGGUGUGGCCCGCAGGAGGAGUUCUAUGGCUGCUCAGACAUUGCCAUUCUGCCCAGUGACGAGGCGACCACAACACCCCCACCUUUUACCUUCACGCCCAAACCAACCACAUCAACGGAACAACCUGGUACUUGUGCAGCACGUGCAGUGACAGCAGACGACAUUGUCAGUAGCACGUGGUGCUCGACCAAGUGUGUAAGUGGGCGUUGCAAGCAGGUGCUCUUGUGUGUCGACACAUAAACGAUGAAUGUGGCAGUCAGCAGAAUCUAGGAAUUCAUUCCAAUUUGGGAGAAAAUCAACGUUUUCUGAUUUGGUUUUUGAAGGUAGACUGGAAACCUGUCAGUUGCAUUUGGACAAACUGAAACCCAGAUGUUUUGUAACCAAAAUUGUCAUGAGAUCGUAGAAUUCAUAUUAUUAAUUUCAUCAUCGUUUGUGUUCUUUCUUUCAAGCCAUGUGAGUUUUUGUAUAACUCAAG